UUCCACGGAGCAAACAGUGGCGUUAGCUGUUAGCAAGCUAGCUCGCCCGCCCGCCCAACGCUGACAAAGAAAGGAAAGAAAUGAGGCGGCUCGCUCGUUUGACGCUUUCGGGCUUUGGGCUCGAAUCGGGUCGCGGUUAUCGCGCAAAAGUUCCUCAAAGUGGUCCGGGAAUACCAAACGAAGCGCUAGCUUGUUGGGCCAAAGUGUAUACUAUCCAGUUUGUUGGCCUCGCGCUGUCAUUUUCGAAGUCGGCUUCCGGGCGAACGCGGAGGGUUCGGGACGGGGACGGGGACGGGGACGACGACGACGACGAGGAGGAGGAGGAGGACAAGGAUUGUGGUGCUGGCGGUUACGAUGAUGAUGCAACAGCAGGUGCACGGCCGUCCUCCGCUUCCCGCUCAGCGGUCACACAAAUGAGCCGGCCGUCGCAGUCUAAAGUCUCGUCAUCGGAGCACAACGGCGUGAGCGUCAUCCAGAGUCAGAGCCACGCCGCCGCCGCCGCCGCCGCCCUGCUCCAGCAGGUCCCUCAGCUGGUGCCCGCCCACCCGUCGUCCCCGGGCGGCAAGGCCGCCGCCCCCGGCAAGAUGAAGAAGGUCCAGGCGGACAAGGACAGCGACGAGUACCGUCAGCGGCGCGAGCGCAACAACCUGGCGGUGAAGAAGAGUCGCCAGCGCAGCAAACAGAAAGCGAUGGACACGCAGCAGAGGGUCAACCAGCUCAAGGAAGAGAACGAGCGACUGGAGGCCAAAAUCAAACUGCUGAGUAAAGAACUGAGCGUGCUCAAAGACCUCUUCCUGGAACACGCCCACAACCUGGCCGACAACGUGCAGCCCCCGUCCGGGAACCCCGACGCCAGCCCCGCCCCGGACAACCAGUGAGUUUGGACGAGACGCUCCAGCCCUUCCUUGAACUUUUACUUCCCGUUUCCCGUUUGCUAAUGCUCACUGCCCGCCGCUGACCUUUUGACGGACUUUCACCUCGCGGGAUGGGCCGGCGACCGGUCCGGGGUUUGAAUGGAACUGCCGCCUUCGCGAGGAGGAGCGUUCCGGGAGGCCGACGACGCAAUUACCGGACUCUGGAUUCAGCAGUCGACCCGACACCGGUCGUCCGCUCUCGAGCGAGUCUCGACUCCGCGACGUUGGCUCCGUCCGUGACUUAUUUAUUGUCCGUUGUGAGGUCUCAAUUCCGUGCCGGACCGGACGAGACAAACGAUUUCUAGUCUCUCGGUUUUUGGAGUGUAGAAUUUCAGUGCUUUUUUUUUUUUUUGCCGGCCUGGCGGAGUGGCGACUCUUCAGACGGUGAGCGCGUUUGCGUCCUUCCUUCCCUGCUUGCGCUCGCUCUGAUUGGCAUGUUGAAGCUCGUGUGUUUUAUUAGCAUUUCUGUCGUCACCCGCAGCUCAAAUUGUUUUUAUCCGCAUGCCCCCCCCCCCCCCGUUUGUGUGGCCAAUGCUAACCGUUCAUUAGCACGCCCCCCCCCCACCCCACCCCACCCCACCCCCGCUAGCACGGCUAACACUAAAUGUGAUGAGUUUUUCUUUUUCACGGCUACGCAGUUGACUUUUGUUUGGCGCCGCGCCGCUUCCAGUAAUGAGGACCGAGCGGACCCUCGUCGGGCUUUUGUGAAAUAAACUCGUUGAAAUUGGACCAACAACACCAGAUAUUAUUUAUUUACACCAUUGGGGAAUUUUUGCAAUUUUUUUUUUUUUUUUUUCUUGAUCUUUCUGUGCUCUGAAUGGAACGGAAAAUAAAAACCUGUUGGAUGGACAUUUUUUUUUUUUUUUUUUGGGCCUCCCCACAUGACAGUAAGUUGUGUUUCCAGUUUUUUGUUUUGGUUUUUUUCCACUGCACAUUUUCACCUUUUCCACGGUGCGACAAAAGAAAAAAUGAGUGCACGACGGACGGGGGAAGGGUGCCAUUUUGACUGUGGACUGUGGACGACACUCUCGCCCUGCGUCUUCUUCCCGUCCUCUAAAUUCUGGACUUCGGACUCCAGCCUCCGAAGGGUCUUAAUUGUGGAAUCUCCACACUUGACUUUGGACUCGACGCUCUUGGUUGUUAACUCCAAACUCGAGAGUCUUGAGUGCAGGCGCUUUGUUCUCGUUGUUGAUUUGGGACUCUUGACUAUGUGCUCUCAACUUCCCGGGACCGGUGUAGUGGUACACUCGUCUGGCUUGGGCGCAGGCAGCCGGGCUUCGGUUCCGAAUCAGUCGCAGUAUGAGCGGUCGUCCGUGUCCGCCCCGCCCCUGGCGAGUGACCAAUCCAAGGCUCUUGUCAUAAGAUUUGACUCUUAAUAUUUUAAGUCACUCCUGUUCCUCGACGGUAUGCAUAAAAAGUAUUGUUGAAAUGAGCUUGCCUUAGCAUUAAUAGCGUAGCUAGCGGAAAGAUGAGAGGUGCUGAUGACUCUCGGGGGGGGAGAAAACCAAACCAAAAAAACUGUUGCUCAGUCUGUUGAUGUUUGCUUUUUGCACAUCUGUACCACCCUCCAGGCGUCAGGAGCUCCUGACAGUUGACAACCGGGGUGCGCUGCGUCCGUCAUGAAUAUUCCGAGCUCUCCUGAGGCACCGAGAGGACGGGCAAGACACGGAGACGCUAAACUCAAGGGUUUUUGCUCGGUAGACGCUGGACUUUUAACCACCGACCCAGGGCCCUAGACUUGGAACACUAAACUCCAUAAUACUGACUCUUAAAUUCUUGAUUCUGAACCGUUCACUUAGAUGAGAAUGUGGACGAGUUUUUGGAGGAUAGACUCCUAAUGUCCUGACUCCAGACUCACUUUUUCCUUUCUUUGGACUCUGAACUCUUGAUUGGUCAGGCUCCGGUUCUUAACUGAGGCCUCUUGUCUUUAAGAGUCCCCAAUCUAACAAUUUGAUUCUCAUUUAGGGAUGGUAAACUUUGGAGUCUUGAUUCUGGAAUAAAGGGGCUUGACUCUUAACUCUGGAUUCUGGUUCUUGACUCAAGCCUUUAGACUCGACGCUCCCGAGUUUUGAUUCUUGCUCUGGGAUGCCAAACUGUAGACUAUUCAUUUUGGACCUCCAACUCUUGCUUAUGGACUGUCGGCGGUGGACUACAAAGACAAGAUUGUGGACUCUUAAUACUGGGCGAUCGACUUGAUAUUUUGAAUCUACACGUUGGACUUUGAGUCCAAUUUCUGGACUCUUGACUUGAGAGUGGAUUCUAAAGCUCUCCAGAAGUCUUAUUGUGAGACGGCGGACUUCCCGGCACGACAGGAAACGCUCUCGGUGGACGUCCAAAGCGGCCCUCCUCAAUCAGGACGACGUCGGCGGUUCUUCACAAUAAAAGUCUGCCAAUAAUUGACACGAGCAAAGAAAAGCACUCAAAGUGUGUCUUGCGCGUACAAGUGUAAAUAUGAAGGCGGCGGCGCGGUCCCGAAAGCUCCUGAUAGGCUCACCCGGCCAAAGGGCGUGGCCAGUCUUUGUGCUUCUCGUGUGCUCUAUCACCAAACGCUGGCCGCCUGAUAACGCGCAAUCGCGGCGCACACGCUCUUGUCCGAGGUUCCGAGGUCACAAGGUCGGCUCUCGUUUAUGAACACUGCAUACGGGUAUCGCCAGAUUUCACUCUCUCUCUCUCGCUAUAUAGGAAGGGCUCCUGCGACCCUUGUGAGGAUAAGCUGCUCAGAAGAUGGAUGUGUGUGUUUUGAGUGCACGUGCGUGCGCUUGGGGACUUGGGGAGAAGGGUUCCUGUCGUCUGACGUUGGUUUUUGGCAGGCGAAUGGAGGCAAAAGUCAUCCCCGCGCGGUGGGAGCGCUUCCCUCAGGACGCAAAGCGCUGACUCGGCGCAAAGGUCACGUCAAGUUCAUGUAAAAGUUCGCGCGAAACAUCCUCUGCUUUGUCCUCAGACCCAUGGCAUUUUCUGAGCCGCUUACCCUCACAAGGGUCGCUGUACCAGGCAUCUUAGGUCCGCCCUGAAGCGGUUGCCACUAAGGGAACGCGCAACCCCUGGCGCUGGGGGGGGGGACCGGAGCUCCCGGAGAAAAGCCACAAUACGUAGAGUGUCAACAUUUACGUUGAUGCACUUGAUGAGAUGACUCAAUGAUAAAAAGGUGUCAUUCUUGAUUUAUGGUUGUCUACUCAUCAAACAUCCAACAGGAACAAACUCAUGGGAUGAAAACAAAUGAAUGUGAAAGAAUGAAGGUUGUUAAAUAAAGUCAGAACUUUCUCAUGAU